UUCAAAGUUAUGAUAAAUGACACACAGCGAAUUAACAGCUACGGAUUUUUUUUUCUGAAGUCCUUCAAGCUUCAAGUGUCUGGGUAUUUUUCUAAGCUUGCAGUUCAAACAGGUAUAUUCCCCUCUUCUGGUUGUUAUUGCCCGAUCCCCUUACAAGAUCCUCGCACUUUGAAGCCUCUGUGUCUUUGAUUCGUCUUUUAAGACCACAAUUAAGGAUAUAUGGGCUCCUGUGCUGUUCAAAGCCUCGUGGAAAGAUCAAUGAAGGGAUUGACAGUCAAGUGAUGUCGUUUGCACAGGUGUGUGUGGGUGCGUGCGGUGCGACUGCGUAGCCUAUGUGUGUUUUUGUGUCUGUGAACGUGCCUGCUGGGUUACAUAAAACGGGGGCAAUAAAUCAACAACCGAGUGCGAAAAUUACGCAAAUGGGGGCUUUCCUCUCUCUCUCUCUCUCUCUCUCUCUCUCUCUCUCUCUCUCUCUCUCCCGUCGCACCUGAGUCAUUUCGAAAUGGGGGGGCUGUAGAGCGUUUAGGGUAGUGGCAAUAUCACUUUCAUGCUGUUUGACAUAUACACACACACUCUCUCUUUCUCCUCAUGUCUAUAGGCUACUGCGCACCACUUGUUGUGGAGUUGCGCGCUCGCCAACACUCGCACUGUUUCCACUGGCAGGUAUACCCGCACUGCUGAAGUGCUCAUGAGCAAUAUGGCAUUGCGCCUAUGAGAGCGUCAGGACAGCAGUUGUGUAUAGCUGGAGGGGAGCAGGGAAAAUAAGCCCUGUCAGGCUAAUUUUUAUGAGUAGUUUUUAAUUUCCUCUCCAAGUCCCUGCGCUUCUCUGCACUGAAACUGAACAUCAAAGGUGAGGCAGGGGAACGACGAGCAGAGGGAUGAAGGGGCUCAGUUUCAAACGGGAACCGAAAUGAGCCAUAAGGGAAGGAGAGCGGGGCUUCAUUUGCAUAAAGAGGCAACUUAGGGUGAAUUUCUAUACGGAGCUCUGCUUUAUAUAUAGAUGUGGAGUGCACUGGUCUCACUGCGUUACAUCCUGCUGUUGGAGGAGCUGAGAGAGCAGAGGGUACCGCAGAGAAACAAAAGGCUGAAGUGAAUUAAGGAGGCUACGAGAGAGAGAGAGAGAGAGAGAGAGAGAGAGAGAGAGGAAAACCCUGAUGUGCAUCGGAGCAAAGGGGAGUAUCCCGAGGUGAAGAGGAGAGAGAGGGAGCGGACAGAGGACAGGAGAGAGGGAUAAAUAGCAGAAGAGAGGGAGGGAAGGGAGACGGGGCAGCUGCAGCCUGGGAUACCUGCAUACAUCAAGAUAACACGGGAUUUUAAUCUCAGUUAGAUGACAGUCUAAUUAACGGUGCUGGUGACUGCGCCAAAACGCGCAUUCGCUUGGGGAUUCUCUCCGCCUUCACGUCCAACUUUUCUCUUUCUCCGUUUCACGGGCUGACCCCCCGCUCGCUGGCUCGCACCGAGGCUCUUUCUGCUGCUCAUCACUUGGAUCUCGACCUCGGAUCUCCCGUCCUACACUGCAAGCCGGAUCGGGUGUCUUUAUCUGUGAUGGGGGCAACGGCCGAGGUUGGGAGCUUCGCCAACGGAUUUCUGGACAGCUUUGGUCCCGCGGGUGCCGCUCCGGCUCCCGUUGGCACUCACUUCGUUCUCACCCCAGCCGGGGCGGUGGACUACAACUCGGUAACCGGACUGAUGAUGGGGGGGCAGGGGCAGCAGCAGGAGCACCUUGUGUCCGCGGAGAGGCUGUCCCGGAGCCUGGCGGACCUCAGCCAUCUGAAGGGGAUCCUGAGGCGGCGGCAGCUCUACUGCAGGACCGGAUUCCACCUGGAGAUCCGUCCGGACGGCACGGUGCAGGGCACCAGGAAGGAUCACAGCAGAUUCGGUAUUCUGGAGUUCAUCAGUCUAGCUGUAGGACUGGUCAGCAUCAGAGGGGUGGACAGUGGCCUCUACCUCGCUAUGAACAGCAAGGGAGAACUGUACGGAUCGGAGAAGCUAUCAGCAGAAUGUGUUUUUAGGGAGCAAUUUGAAGAAAACUGGUACAACACGUACUCCUCCAACAUCUACCGGCAUGGAGAAAAAGGUACAUUUUAUUUUGUUGCUCUAAACAAAGAUGGGACGUCCAGGGAUGGAACGAGGUCGAGGCGGCAUCAGAGGUUCACUCACUUCUUACCGAGGCCCGUAGACCCAGAAAGGGUACCAGAGCUGUACAGGGACAUACUGGGCCAGAGCUGAGACUGAUGGGGUGUUACUGAGCUGGUCUGAGCCUUAAAAGCAAACCAAGUGCACCUAAUCCCAACCCUGUCUUGACGAAGAUGGGAAAUCUUGUUGAUCAAGACAAAACAAGAUCAUAAAAAGUGCACAGAAUCAACACUCCCCAUCGCUGGAACGGAGGAAGGAACUAGGGGUUCUUUGAACCAGACUGACCACGGAGCUCGACUGAACAGCACCAAGGAACUUCUGUGGAAGAUGUGAAGGCCCCGUGACAGAUACAGAGGUUACCUUGCCCCUUCAUUGGCCUAUGCAGAAGCCCUGGUGGCCAAGCAGAUGUUUCAUGGAUUUCCUUUGAGUUUCCUAAUUAAAUCCAACUACCUGCUAGUCCAAACUGCAUGUUGAAGAGGACUAAAGUGUGGAACUAAUAGUUGAGAUAAACAACUGGCUGCUAAUAGCUUGUUACUGCUGUGGCUGGUGAAUCUUGUCAUUUUCACUGUUUUCAGUAGGGCUUUUUAUUUUAUUCUAAACACUACUGUGGCUGCUAUGUAAACGAUUUAUUAAAAUGCAUAAUCCACUACAAAGAGUGGCUGGUUUACACUAAAAGGUAGUUUCAUGCACUGGAAAGCAGCCAUGUUUGUUCUGGGACACGGGUCUGUUGCGAUGACAUGGAUGGAUUCUCUUUGAAACGGCUCCAAAGACACAAGCUGCUCACAAAAUGUGACUUUUCUACAAAGUGCAUGAGGAAUAAGAGAGGAACAGGUCCAGUGGCGUUUUAUAAGGACAUUUUCUCUCUUGUGUCCCCUGGCGGACUACUGCGUGUUCUUGUGGGACUCUAGAGACUCAUUCCAAAACGCAGCGAAGGAUGUUGUUCUCCCACUGACUGCACGACACCUUACAAACAAGUUGACAGAUUUUAUUCUUAUUUAUGAGGUUUUGUUAUCUAGGACAUGCAGUAUAUUUAUUUCAUAUAUUUAUUUAUUUUGAGAAUAUAUUUUUACAGGUAUGAGAUAAAAUAAAAUAAAAGAUAUCCAGAAC